AUGUAUCUACAGCACAAGGAACUCAGCAAUAGAAGGCUCUUCCGGGGGCUUUUGCAGGCAGCCAACAUCCCUCUGGUGUCAGAACUAGCCAUUGAUGACAUCCAUUUUGAUGACUUUUCCCUUGAUGUUGACGCCAUGAUCACAGCUGCUCUCCGGAUGUUCAUGGAGCUGGGGAUGGUUCAGAAAUUUAAAAUUGACUAUGAGACCCUGUGCAGGUGGCUUCUGACCGUAAGGAAGAACUACCGAAUGGUUCUCUACCACAACUGGAGACACGCCUUCAACGUGUGCCAGCUGAUGUUUGCCAUGCUCACCGUAUCAAGGACAGAGGUGGUCUUUUAUAACAAGCCCCCAGGGAAGCGCUCAUUUGGCAGCAGUGAUGGGGUCAUGCUGCACCCACAGGUCACCCCUGCCCCUGGCACUGACUUGCCAUUGUCCCCUUCUUCCCAGACUGCUGGGUUUCAAGAGAUUCUGACGGAGGUGGAAAUUUUAGCGGUGAUUGUGGGAUGCCUGUGUCAUGACCUCGACCACAGGGGAACCAACAACGCCUUCCAAGCUAAAAGUGACUCUGCACUGGCCCAGCUCUACGGGACUUCGGCAACCUUGGAGCAUCAUCAUUUUAACCAUGCGGUGAUGAUCCUUCAGAGUGAGGGACACAACAUUUUUGCUAAUUUGUCCUCCAAGGAAUACAGUGACCUCAUGCAGCUUCUGAAGCAGUCGAUACUAGCCACAGACCUCACGCUGUACUUUGAGAGGAGAACUGAGUUCUUUGAGCUUGUCAGUAAAGGAGACUACGAUUGGAACAUCAAAAGUCACCGUGAUGUGUUUCGAUCGAUGUUAAUGACAGCCUGUGACCUUGGAGCCGUGACCAAACCAUGGGAGAUCUCCAGACAGGUGGCUGAACUUGUAACCAGCGAGUUCUUUGAACAAGGAGAUCGGGAGAGGUCCGAACUCAAACUCACUCCCUCAGCUAUUUUUGACCGGAACCGGAAAGACGAACUGCCCCGCUUGCAAUUGGAAUGGAUUGAUAGCAUCUGCAUGCCUCUAUAUCAGGCCUUGGUGAAGGUCAACGCCAAACUGAAGCCCAUGCUAGAUUUAGUGGCUGCCAACCGAAGGAAGUGGGAGGAGUUACAUCACAAAAGACUGCAGGUCUCUGCUGCCUCCCCGACCCCGACCCCCUCGAGUCUCAUGGCAGCAGGCGGAGACAGAUUGUAAAUCACCCAGAGCCUCGUGCCACCCUGUGACCUGGAGGGUCCUCUGCAGCCUGAAGGAUCGGUUUCAGCAACCGCAUCAACCUUUUCUUUCAGCUCAGAUAGUCCUAAAGUGUAGACGGGGCCAGGAAGCACACCCGAAAGUGUGCUUGGCAGCAGAGCAAUGGAAGGGUGAAGGACAGAGUCGGGCAGAGAACUUGACCCUCGACUUUCCGUGGUGAACACACACGGAUGGAUUUGGAUGCCUGAGGGCUGAUAGCCUCACUUGUUCUGAGUUGAGGACACCGAGGCAAAAGUGUCACUAACGCUGCUUCAUGUAUUGCACUUUUCUGUUAGAAGCACUUCCCUGUUUUGCAGCCAGCCUCCCCUGGAGCAGGCCUUUGCACCAGACUCUCCUGAUUUGCAUCUUAGGUGUUUUAUUUCUAAUCCGACUGUUUCUUAGUGAUGCACCAGACCCUUGGUCUCAUUUACCUGUUAGAUGAGCCUCCCCUCCUUAUGAGCACCAGCUAACCCCAAUCUUCCCAAAGGGUCCCUAAUAGGAGUGUGUUUGUCUAAUUGGUGUUACACGGGAUCUGUAACUCUGCAGUGAGAUCACAGUUGACUUCUUCAGUUUUUUUUUAAUUCCGCCUUCAUUGUAGACCAGGCCUUUUCCUGGGAGGAAUGGAUUAAUAAUUUUAUGAAAGCAAAGAUGAAGUGGAAUCUACAGUCACAUGCACCACAAGUAGCGUGUGAACACCGGAACUGCUUCCAACAGAGAGGGGCGGAUUUCACGGGUGCAGAGGAGCCCUGAGACCGAGCACGAAUUAGCUUGGGGUGAAAAAGGUUGGGGAUAACAUUUAAGGUACCUCAAUUUUACUUUUUUCCUUAAGUGAAAAAAAAGAAUAUUCUAGAAAGACCAGGAGAUAACAUCUAUACAACAUAUAUCCUAUAGGAAGUCAGGUCUACAGGUAAAAAAACUGUUUUAAAUAGAUGUGACUAGGAAGGUGCUUUGAUGCUGAUUUCACCUGAGACACUAUGGACAGGGUUCAUCUUAACCAAAAAACACUGGGCUUGCUGUCCUUCCCGUUACAUCAUUAGCUGAGUGACUUUGGACAGGUCACUACAUUUCUCUGCUUCCCAAAUUGUCAAGUGGAUUACACUAGGAACUUAUUUGCAGAAACCUUAGCGUUAAAAUCCUCUGUCUAAACAAACUUUCAAGGACUCCCCAGGACACAAGAUAGAUGAAAGCUGAGAUCUUCUGUUUGAAGCACGUCUUGGGAGUCUAGAACCCACAGGUCUUAGAGGGUCCAGAGCCCACACAAAUGGUCAUCUCUUUGUUCACAUACAUGGUACCCCAAGAGAGCCUCUGAGAACUAUGAAAAUCCCUGGGAGAUGUGAAACAUGAAUGUCAGCCCAGCUCUGAACAAUAACACUUACAAAACAGCUUUUCUUACUUUUACUGAUCAGUAUCGGUUAUUUGCUUUACUCAAAUCCAAAAGGAAUGGUAUUUGAAGAUGGGGGGAUAAAAUGAAGGUACCAAAACAGGAGUGGGGUGGGCUGGCAAUCAACAUGAGGAAGGCAGCUUUGUUAUGGCAAGAGACCUAAAAAAAAAAAUUAUAAACUAGGGGAAGGGUUAGGCUAGAAGAAGAUAGGGGCUAAGGCAGAUGGUUAAGACAAUGGCUAAGGAGAGGUGAAAAUCAAUCCAAACAAAGAAAAAAAGGCAAUUACAGUACCCCAAAAAAUGAGGGUGCAGAAUCAUGCCAUCAACUGAACAGGAAGGAGACACAAUUACAGGGGAGAAAGAAGCUUGACAACGGAGAGAAGGAAGGGGUGAGUGCACUAAGAAAUAACGUUGCUAGCUGCCCUUUACAGCUGUGUCUGCAGGGAAGGCUGCAGAGACUUGGAGAAGGGGGGUGUGAGUACAGAAAAAAAAAAAUUGCCUCUGCAGAGCAGGUAAGAGGAGGCUUGCAGAUUUAUGGAUUUUAUUAAGCCAGUUUUCUGAAUCACUCUGCUAUAAAGGAAAAUAGCUUCUGCAGAGCUGUCUCCUUCCUUCAGGUGAGGAACAAAGGAUGGGUGGGGUUAGGAACAGACCCCGGUCUGCAAAAUCAUUGUGUGUCUGCAGCUCGGAAGCACUGCAGGUGUCCCUGCCUCACCACAUCUUGUUUAUGUCCCAGAUGAGAAUCCGUCCAUAUGAGGCUGCAGUGAGCCCACAUCUGUUACCCUUCCUAACAAUAAAUAAAUAACAAGAAAAACGAUGCCAGUCCAUGUAAAGCAAAAAUUUUCAAGUGUGUGCUUUAUGACAAAACUGGACCCAGUGUCUUCCAGAGACUGCAGGCAGCAAUGAGACAGCAGCUCCCCUUUGCCCUGAAUGUUGAUGCUACACAGUGCUAAGGGGGGACAUAAUUUAUAGCACAGACCCUACGGCUUCCACUAAGGUUGAGUUUUCCUCUCAUCUUCUUGCCUUUUUAUUGGCUUCACUGCAUGGUUGCCAAUAGCAACAUCUAUUGGUAGCAAAGGGAGUUCAACACCAUUGCAAUCUGCCAGACAGGGGAGCCCUGACAAUGUCAACCAUCCAUCAAAUAGCUGUUUGUAAUUGCCUCCAUCUAUUUCUCCUGUCUCAAGGUAUCUUUCCUAUUGUGGGUCAAGAUUCAGAAACUGCUGACUAAUGCCCUGGGUCUGUUCCUCCAUGACUAUGGAGAAGUGGGAGAGAUUGUGGUAGCCCUCCUGAUGCCAAACCCUAAAGGUCAGAGGUUAGAAUUCUGGGACAUGAAGGUAUAUUUAAAGCCCUUGUAAAACAAGUUCUUUCUCAUGAAUGUGAGUUAUGUGCAAUCCAAUCCUAGUCUAGCUUUCCAAAGCACAGAAUGAGAAACUUCCCAAUCCUUAUUUUUCAUUGUUGUUUCCUGCUGGAGAAAGGCAGGAAGUGUGAGCCCUCUACAAAGGGAUAAAAGAAAAACACUCAAGCCGAUAAGAUUGUCUGCUUCCUCGGGUCUCUUGGCAUGAUCAGCAGAGAUGACACCAUCUUACUUUUGUAUGAGAUGUAUUUUUUCAGAAAUUGUAUCUAUUCAUAUUAGUGAGUAUAUAAUAUGUGCACAACCUACAACACAGCUGGUGAUGCUGGUGAGUGAGUGCAGCUUGGCAGACCACCAAGUACACAGGAGACCAGGACUCCAUCCUCGGCAAUGGACCUACCAUCUUGGGACUCUGAAGGCUUCAGGUUUCUAUCUGUUAAAUAAAAAGCCCCAACUUUCCUUCCGUUUCUGCAUCAAAGGACCAAGCUAUGCUUUGCUUUUGGAACUUCAUCUAGAUAAUUUUCUUCUUUCUGCUUCUCAAAUAAAACAUAAGCAAACCUUAUGAGAGAGUCGUCUUCAUCCUGAAGACAGAGUAAACAUUUACAUAUAGAGAGAGCAGACACAAAACAACCUUCCCACAAAGUGUCUGAGCCAGCUUCUAAUGAAUGUGAAAGAUGCUGUCAUCAACACCUGCUUGUGUGUAUUCUCUGAUGUCGAAAAGAACAGCUUCAGAUUAUCUCAUAUCGUCGAAUCCCAUAUGGGAAUCAUUAGUUCAGAAGUGAAUUUAUAAAAACAAGCCAAGAAAAGUAAAAAUUGCACAUGACUUUUCUGUUUCUGAAACCUGGAGGUCUACCUGCUUUCAGGUACUUUAGGUUUGUAAAUAUCUUGGAAUUAAAAUGAUCUUAGCAUUUUUUUUAUUCGUGCAGUAACAGUAGUAUGUUUCUGGAAUUCAGUUGCCUUUUCUGCAUAUCAAAAUUUAGCAUACUUUAGUAACUUAAGUCAUUAGACUGGCUUUACUCAAUUUACUUUGCAAUACAAUUGUUUUUAAACCCAUUUCUCCCACUGAAGCUUGUGAGUUACAGAAAGACCAAAAAAAAAAAAAAAAUACAAUUGUAACCUCCAGUAAUAGGAACAAUUCCUCUCAAGUGCAGCAAGUGACACAUUGUCUGUGUCACCCCCCUUUGCCCCAGCUAGUGAUUUUAGGUUGUACAUACUUUGAUUUUGAAUGUCUUUGCAUGUUUAUGCAUCUCUCAGCAGCACUAAAGGCAAAUGUUCAUCUAUGUAUCAAUCUAUAACAACCAAUGUUAUUGAAUGUAUACACUGGUGCAGAAAUGUUUGUUUUAUUAAGUAAGUGAACUACUUGCUGCGAAAAAGAAAAGUAUCUUCUUUGAGACUA